AACAAAAACAAAACAAACAAACAAAAACCUGUGGGAGAGGGGCAAAGCCAGGACAAAAACCUAGACAUCCUGACUCCAACUAUCUGCCCUAGGAAUAAUGAAAGUGUUUGGAUUCUGUAGUUUGUUCCUGGAUUAAAUAAUAUUCUUUUCAAAACAACAACAACAAAAAAAUACUUUAUGACUGCCUUGCUCAAAUCCUUUCCGAAACAAGGUACCUCAGCUUCCUUGUAAAACAGGGAGCAAAAUGUCCAGCUUACAGGGUUCCUUGCAGGAUCAAAGGCAUAAUAUGAAUGAAAGUGCUUUGUAAUAUACAGUGUUCGGCAGACAUUUAUUAAUGGUUAGAAACCACCAGACUGCCUCUUGCACUUAUAGAUUAGGCUCUCCCACUCAUCUGACCUGACCUCUUUAUUCCACUUUCCACUCAUUUUCUCCGUCCCUCCUCUUCUAACAUACAGAGGAAGUGGGAGGUGAAAAGAGCACGUGCGUCCAACGCCUGGCUUAAACGUGGCUUUGGGUAGCGCGCAGGUUUUGCCAUUCCGGAGUUGCUGAGAGAUGCUUCUUGCCCAGAACUACAUUUCCCAGCAACCCUCCCGUGGUAUCGGCGGCAACGAGGCGCAUGCGUCUAUUGCCGCCCCGCCUGGUCUCGGGGCCGCACCUCCGAACCGGUUUCGCCCCGCGGAGCCGGCAGCUUAAAGUGCGGCGGCUGCGUUCCUCGCCCGCCGCUGCUCCCGAGCCGUAGCGGUCUCAGGUGCACCUCAGCUCGGGUCAGUGCCAUGAUCCGGCAGGAGCUCUCCACAUCCUACCAGGAGCUGAGUGAGGAGUUGGAUCAGGUGGUUGAGAACUCAGAGCGGACGGACGGGCAGGAAAAGGAGACAGACGGAGUCCAAGGUCCAGGAGUCUUACCAGCCCUGGACAGCGAGUCCGCCUCUAGCAGCAUCCGCUUCAGCAAGGCCUGCCUGAAGAACGUCUUCUCCGUCCUGCUCAUCCUCAUCUACCUGCUGCUCAUGGCCGUGGCCGUCUUCCUGGUCUACCAGACCAUCACAGACUUCCGAGAGAAGCUCAAGCACCCCGUCAUGUCGGUGUCUUACAAGGAGGUGGAUCGCUAUGACGCCCCAGGGAUUGCUCUGUACCCGGGUCAGGCCCAGCUACUCAGCUGCAAGCACUAUUACGAGGUCAUUCCGCCUCUGAGGAGCCCGGGCCAGCCGGGUGACAUGGACUGCACCACCCAGAGGAUCAACUACACGGACCCUUUCUCCAACCAGACCCUGAAAUCCGCCCUGAUUGUGCAGGGGCCCCGCGAGGUGAAGAAGCGCGAGCUGGUCUUCCUCCAGUUCCGCCUGAACGAGAGCAGCGAGGACUUCAGCGCCAUCGAUUACCUCCUCUUCUCGUCCUUCGGGGAGUUCCUGCGCAGCCCAGACAGGGUGGGCUUCAUGCAGGCCUGCGAGAGCGCCUAUUCCAGCUGGAAGUUUUCCGGGGGCUUCCGCACGUGGGUCAAGAUGUCCCUGGUGAAGACGAAGGAAGAGGACGGGCGGGAGGCGGUGGAGUUCCGGCAGGAGACCAGCGUGGUCAACUACAAUGACCAGAGGCCAGCCGCCGAAAGGAGCGCUCAGUUGUUUUUUGUCGUCUUUGAAUGGAAAGAUCCUUUCAUCCAGAAAGUCCAAGAUAUAAUCACCGCCAAUCCUUGGAACACAAUCGCCCUUCUCUGUGGGGCCUUCCUGGCCUUGUUUAAAGCAGCAGAGUUUGCCAAACUGAGUGUGAAGUGGAUGAUCAAAAUUAGGAAGAGAUACCUUAAAAAAAGAGGUCAGGCAGCAAACCACAUAAGCUGAGGUGGCCUCGUGGUGUUGGUAGAACUGCCCCCGGCAAUGGACGUUCUCGUCAUUUCUGUGUUGGUAAACGGAGCGGCCAGCGGCCCUGUGCCCACCUGCCACGGCCUCGCUGGGAGGACCAGCCUGCCAGACUGCAGCUUCUCACCUGGCCCCGAAAGAGGAUGUUUAGAGCCUAAUGGAGCAGAUCCAGUGGAUAACCUACAACCUAUUUAAGUAUUUAAAUUAUUAAUGAACAUUUUUGGACAUAUGACUAGGGAUUGUGGAAGACAGAAUUAGAUACGUCUCAGGUUUUCUGAAGGUUUGUGAAGCUGCCUUACUUGGUUUGGUGUAUAGUUAAGCUCUAACAGGAUAAUCCAGGCUCUACACUUCACCUUAGUCCCCCCCCCCCACCACCACCCCGAGGUUUUUAUAAAGUGGACAGAGAGUGUGAUUUUUUCCCCCCAAAUCCUGAGGCUGCAGAUGCGCAGGUUCUAUGUUGAGCCCUCUGCACCCCGUACCCAAGGGCAGAAUCCGUUGUCUCCGGCGUCACCAGCCAGUUCCAUCAUCCAGCCUCUGACACGUUCUCUCAUUUGUUAAAUUUUAAAUGGGACUUUUGUAAAGCUUCUAGAAAGUAGUGCUAAGAUAUCUUGAGGAUUGACUGGCCACUUACGUGUCUGGCUCGAGUAUCUGUUGAGGCGGGUAUGAGCGCGCAGUGAUUAACAUGCAGAAGCCCUGGGACAUGUGUGCAGAGGAGGUGCCUACUCAGUGUAUUUUGAUGAUUUUAUUAACAGGUAAAUAAAAGUUAGGUUAAUGCAAAAGGAGUCAGUGUGCCAGUAUGAGUCUACUCGAUCGGCAGGCACCAGUACGCUUUCAUUCUGUGACCUCCAAGCGAGUGGCCUCAUGAGCUCGGACUCCCCAGGUGGACAAUCUGGACUCCCAAGUUACGUCAUGACUGUGUCCAAGGAAAGGCAGGUGGGCCCAGUGGGGAAGAGUGACAGAUGUACUCCCCUGAAUAAGCUGUGCUCUGUUCCUGCCCUACCAAAGCACCCAUCUGAGAAAGGGGCACUCAGCGUGACCUUCAAAGCCUUCAGCCUAGCUUUUGACAGAGGUGUUCUGGAAAACCGAUGUAGUUUGGUGGGUUGCUGCAGCGGUCGUGUGUGUCGUAUGAACGUAACGUAAGGGCAGCAGGCUGCUUCUGGAUGCCUCAGAGCUUGGAGCUGGAAAAAGCAAAGACAACAUAGGCAAAAUACAAACAUAGACUUUAUUAAAUGCUGCUCAAUCCCCCAGUGAAGAUCUUUCAUUACAAAACAGUUCUCCACACAACUGCAAGUAGAGAUUGGAAUGGUACUCAUAACAAAAGGUGUGAGAAAUACUUGACCAAGUGAAAACAUACAAGACCUUUCUAGAGUCAAGAACUCUACAGGGGAAGCCUACUGCGGUUCCUUUAAAUAAAGCCAGGCAGUGACAGUGAGCGCUCUGCGUCACCACAUUGUGGGACUCAAAGCCUCCUUCCCUGGGGCAGGAGGGACUGGAGGAAGGGCAGGGUGUGAGGACUGGAAAGGUCCUGCCUUCAGCCUUUGCGAGAAAGAGGAGGAAUGAACUGAGAGGCAGGCUCGGUGCUCACCUGCGGUGCCUCCGUGAAUCUGGGCUCGCCACCCUGGGGAGUUGCAGAUGAAGGGGGAUAUUCAUGAGGAACAACCUGAAGAAUUUGGUUUACUUUCCCGGUUUUUAUUUAUAUUUUGUGCUUUAAAAAGUCUGGAGAUUUAAGUUUCUGCUCAAAUUCCAGAGUGCAGUAAUAUCUCUAAUGAAGGCAGGCUUAGGGCAGGUAACUCCCCCCAUCAUAUUUCUGGGAGCAACAAAGAGAAGGGUAAGGAUUACACCUUAGUUUUGUUUUAGGAAAUAGUCUUUUUCCCAGGAUGUAACUAAGGUCUGCAGCAAUGUGAAAAGCACAUUAUAAAAGGGAAAAA